GGCGGUGCCGGCUCCGUGAUGCGGCUCGGCGUCGCCGCGCUGCCGCGGGAUCGCUCCUUCCGCUGCCUCCCCGCUCGGGACGAGCGCUGGGCAGCGCCGCCGCCGCGGGCCGGGGCCAUGUUGGGCGGCGGGGCCAGGGCGGCCAAGCCGUCCUUCGUGUCCUACAUCAGCCCGGAGGAAAUACACAUAAAGGAACCCAUAGAAAAGGAAGUAAAUCCUCGCUUAUUACCAGGUGAACUGCUGCUUUGUGAAGCCAGCACAGUGUACAAGUAUGUGCAAGAAGAUGGGUCAAAUCGUGGCACUUAUGGGAAACUCGUGUGCACAAACUUUAAGAUUUCUUUUCUUGAUGAUGAUUCUGCUUCAGAUGAUAAUGAGCCACAAUUUAAGAAUAAGAUUGUAGGAGAAAAUGACAUAACUCUGCAAUGUGUAGAUCAAAUAUAUGGAGUUUAUGAUGAGAAAAAGAAACUUCUAACAGGACAGUUAAGAAAAUACCCAGAUAAGUUAAUUAUCUACUGUAAAGACCUUAGAGUAUUUAACUUCUGCCUGAGAUACACAAAAGAAGAGGAAGUGAAAAGAAUCGUCAGUGGUAUAGUUCAUCAUAGCCAGACUCCUAAGCUGCUUAAACGUUUGUUUCUCUUCUCUUAUGCAUCAGCUGCUCCAGACAACACAGAUGGGAGAAACCAAACUGUGAUGUUUGAGACCCUGGAGGACUGGCGUGAUGAGUUGGAGCGGACCAAAGGGAAUGUGAAAUACAAAGCAGUGACAACCAACGAAGGCUACAGAGUCUCUGAAAAGCUGCCUUUGUAUUUUGUUGUUCCCAUAUGCAUUUCUGAAGAGAGUAUCUUGAAGUAUGAAGGCAGAGGCAUUCCUAUUUGGUGUUGGUCUUGCCAUAACGGCGCUGCUCUUCUCAAAAUGUCCUCAUUUCCCAAAGAACAGGAUGACAGCACUUCACAAAUGCAAAAAGCCUUCUUGGAUGGAAUCUAUAAGACAAUUAGCAAACCUCCCUAUGAGCUCCUGAAGAUGGAUGACUUGUCAAGCAGCCUUCCAUCUCUGCAAGAUAUCCAGACUGCAUACACAAGAUUUAAACAGCUGUUUUUGAUAGAUAACAGUACAGACUUCUGGGCAACUGAUGUGAAAUGGUUUUCAUUACUGGAGAGCACAAACUGGCUAGAAAUAAUCAGGUUCUCUUUUCUUCUCUCAGCAGUCCACAGUGAGAGAGUCUUGAAGAAAGCCAUAGAGGUUGCUGAGUGCCUGGAAAUACAGCAUACAAAUGUUCUCCUCAUAGAGGAGAGUGCUACUGAUCUGUGCUGUGUAAUCUCGAGUCUGGUUCAAGUGAUGAUGGAUUCUUACAGCAGAACAAAGUCAGGGUUUCAGAGCCUUAUUCAGAAGGAGUGGGUGAUUGGAGGACAUGGCUUUUUGGAUCGCUGUAACCACUUACACAAAAGUGAGAAAGAGGAGGCUCCUGUUUUUCUGCUCCUGCUAAAUUGUGUUUGGCAGCUGGUACAACAGUAUCCUCCAGCAUUUGAGUUCACAGAAACUUACUUAACUGUCUUGUCAGACAGCCUCUAUGUGCCUAUUUUUAGCACUUUCUUCUUCAACUCUCAACAUCAGAGAGACACUAGUAAGAGUGGGGAAAGCCUCAAGACACAAAGUGGUCCUUUCAGAUUCCUUACUGUGUGGGACUGGUCUGUGCAGUUUGAUCCCAAGGCCCUGGCUUUCCUGAACAACCCUCUUUAUGCAGAGAAACCAAAACCAGAUAGAAGUCAACGGAAGACUGCACGGUUCAAACAUCAACGGCAGCUUUCUUUGCCACUGACGCAGGCAAAGCCUUCCACGAAGAGAGGAUUUUUCAGGGAGGAAACAGAUCAUUUAAUUAAAAACAUUCUGGGUAAAAGAAUUGGCAAGUUCAUAAAUUCUUCAGAUGAGCCCCCUAAUAGCUUAAGGGAGUUUUAUGAUAGCUGGCAUAGCAAGCCUGUUGACUACCACGGUCUCCUGCUGCCGCGCAUCGACGGCCCCGAAAUCAAAGUCUGGGCACAGCGUUACCUACGAUGGAUUCCCGAGGCCCAGCUUCAUGGUGGGGGAACAAUAGCUACAGCUGCCAAGAUUUUGGACUUGAUGGAGGAAGUGCAAAGCCUGCAGGUGAAAAUGGAUGAAGAACACAGUCAGGCUGUUUCUGGAGACGUACAUUCUGUUCCCAUGCUGCGAAAUUCUGCCCGUUUGUCAUCCUUGUUUCCAUUUGCUCUCCUGCAGAGACAGUCUGUCAAACCAGCUUUACCCACUAGCACCUGGAAAGACUUGGAAGAUGAAGACGACUUGGUCAAGAGGGAUGAUGAAUUUGUAGAUCUAAGUGGGGAUAUGUUAUAACAUAUAUAUAGAUUACAGUAUGGAUUGUAUGUGGCUAAGCACUGAGUUUUAAAUGUUGUGCUGUAUCUUCAUGUAAGGAACUUGAGCAUCUGCAAACUGUUUAAUGGGUUUGUGGGGUUAAAAAUCCUUGAUUGGAAAGAACUACUUGGUGUAAUUAACUGAGCAUGUUUUGAACUUCCAUUUCACUCUAACGAUAUUUAUUGCAGAACCAUAUUUUUAGCAUAGGUGUAAAAAAAUGGGAGUCUUGGCUGUAGUAACAAUAUGGCCACUCUGUUAAAAAAAAAGAAAAAGAAAAACAGCAAAAGAAUACUUUCUGCUGUAAAGGUAGAAUGAUAAAUGCAUAUGGCAACAAUCAUGCUAUCUUAACAGAACAUCUCUUUCCCCUUAGGCUAAGAGUACUGGGAAUACUGUGAUUUGCAAAUUCCCCCACAUACAAACAGUGAAAGAUGCAAGUAACUGUGCACUCACAAGUCAGCUUUUGACAGCUGAGGAAUACUCUUGUGGUCUCCAGGGGGAUUCUGUCUGCUCUUGGAUCAACAGAAGUCAUGUGCUUGCCCCUUCCCCUUUGUCACUGUUGGUCUGUGUGGUGGCAUGGUCACAGGUUGGCUGCUCUCAGCCUGUGCAUGCACUUAGCUCAAGGGUCAGAUGCAAGAGCUUAAUGACACAUUUCAAGUCUUAAUGUAUGGCUGCUGUGCUACAUGCCCUUGCUGCCUUGGAAUUUUAUGUUUGCUCUUAAUUUUAACAAAUUGAGAUUUCAAUUUGCCAUGAGUAUUUUUUCUCCUUUUAAGUAGAGGGAGACUUUCAUUGGAACUUUCCCCCACUGAUGCCAGUUGCCUUUAAGGCUUUCUGUAGCUUGCACUGAGACUCUCCACAUAGCAGGGAAGACUCUUUUCCUGUAGUCCUGCAGGGAAGCAGGAUUUGCAGUCUGUUACCACUUGCCAUGAGUUGGUGGUACAGCUUAUGAAUGUGGUGUUUAUAGAACACUCGUGUCCUGUUGCUGGAUGUUAUAACAGUACCUCAGUGAAAGAAGCCAUAAAGAAAUGCCUGUUGACUUGGAUCUACUGUGUGUAUGUUUAUACAAAUUUUUACUGCAAAUAGUUAUCCUUUUUAAAGCUGAAUAUUAUUUGACUGUCAGAUCUGUUUUUAACUCUUAAAUUCCACAAUACCCCAAGAAUGGAUUCAAGUUGUAAAAUCAGUUACACUGAGAGGUUACACAUUGAAUAUUUUUUCUGUUCUCAUAACAAUUUAGAAAUCCAUGCUGGAAAACUUAGCUGGUGGAUAAACUGUUGCUUAAAUUUGAUCAGCUCGGUGAAACUUGGGGAUAUUAAACUUUUGUUACUGACUUAUCACUUCAUACUGAGUUGUAUUAAUAUAUAGCAACAAUUCAUCAGCAGCCCUCUAAAAACAAAUUCUUAUAACUGGGAAAGGGGAGAGCUUGAUGCAGCUAUGCCAAACUGAAGCUUUCCAGCUCUUAAUUGCCUUAAAGUCUUAGUGCGAGGACAAUACUUGAGUUUGUAGUGUUUUAUUUAAAAAUACAGUAGUACUUAUGCUUUCUUCUGUGAUAUUUACAGCUAGCACUUGCUAGAAUGGGUUGUACAGCACAUUUCCUUCAGGCUUAAUUGUAAUUCAUGUGACUCAUGUAUGCAAUAAUACUUUGCAUGUUGAAUGAGCAGUGUAUUAUUACAGUGAAGAAAUACUUGUCCUUCUAAGGUCAUUUGGGUUCAAGGGUGGAGUUUUUUAAACACUGCCAUAAAAAAAAAGAUUACAAUGAUUUUCUAUACUUUUGAUCAAACUGUUGUAAUGUUUCAGUCAUGAAGAUUACAUAUUUGUAUUAAAGAACAGAUGUUGGACAUCUUAUUUGUACAUAAGUUAUCAAAAAUAUAUAUAGAAGAGAAGUAUAUAUCUGGAAUUGAACAUGGGAACACUUCUAAUGUAGAGUAAAUACCAUUGUUGCUGGUUUUCUGCACUGAAGGAUUGGAAAUAUACUUCAUAUUUUUACUCCAGGCUUUUGUUUAUACCUCCAAGUUCUAACACUGAAUGCAAGCUAGCAGUUUUACAGGUUUUUGUCUUCUUUUUUCCUUCUUUUUUUAAAUACUGUUUCUUCUCUUCGGGCUGUUUGAAGAGUGUCAAUAAAAUAUACUUUGAAUUAUU